GCGCUUUCAUUACGAUAGAAAACUAUUGUUCAUUUGUAUUAGAACACGUGUUUUUGCAUUUUAAGUUGACAUUGUAUUCAACCAUAAAGGCACCAAGGCGCAGUGUGAAACAUCGCAGGGGAACGUUACUGUUGCCCGGCCAACCUCACACAAACACGAGAGGAAGAGGGGGGGUCAUUCGCAGGUGUAACGUCCGCUUUAACUGCUUGCAACUUGAAGCGUCAUAAGUUAUCCUGCUUUUCUCUGAACGUGUUGGUGGUUGUAAUACGCGGUCGUGGUCUUCAGAGACUCCCACCUACCACGAGCAGAACCUGCAGGACCUGCUUGAUGGAUCCACCCCUGCGAGGCAGUUGAAGGUUAAACACAGGAGUCCGUGUCUUCCGGAGGAAUCGGUGGAAUCAUUUCGAGGAUGAUAACCUGUUUGUGGGCUCGACUGCAGAGGCGUCGAUGGACGUUGGAGUGAGGGGAGAGGCAACUGACGUAAAAAAGGAAGAAGGCGAUGUACGGUAGCCCGGAGCAGACCUCCAGCAGUCGGCCCUCGGUGGAUUUGUCAGCUCAGCGACAUGGUUUCGGUGUGAGGAUGAAGGGGAAUCUGUUUUUGGAAAGGGGAUUACCGUGAGGUCGGGAGACAUUUUCUUCUAAAUGAGGGAAAAUCCAUUAUACUCUGGGACCCCACAAGAAAAGCAACUACUACAAUGAUAGAAGACUUUGCAGACUGACACAAAGGGCAGCUCCAUUCAUUGGGGCCUCGUGUUCAUGGUGCACAUACACAGGUUACCCCUCUUGUGGAUUUUUCUUGCUUUGAUCUCCACCACUGACAAUGGACUUAAUUGCUUCUCAUGUUGAGCUUUAAGAAGAAUUCCCGCAUGUCUUCAGGACUAUCUAGCGGUUGCCUUGGUGACGAUAGAGUCAUCAGACUGAGCCGCUGUGGAGAAAUGUCAAACAUUAGAAUGCUAGCACCUGUUGGGAGAGGAUUUACGAACGACCGGGUUCCAAAAACUGCAAAAAUCCACUGCAGACAACGAGUUCCUAUCUGCUUUUCUACCCUCCUGGUCCCUUUCGUCCUGCUCCUCUUCUCUGUGGUCACGCCCGCUGUCUCCAUUCACAUGGACUCCAUGGAAAGCCACAGUGAGUUUAGUUGUGAGCCCAUCAGACUGAGAAUGUGCCAGGAUCUGCCUUACAACACCACCUUCAUGCCCAAUCUACUGAACCACUAUGACCAGCAGACGGCUGCACUGGCCAUGGAGCCUUUCCAUCCCAUCGUGAACCUGGUUUGCAGUGCUGACCUGAGGAUGUUCCUGUGUGCUCUGUACGCUCCGGUGUGCACGGUGUACGGCCAGGUUUCCCUACCAUGUCGAUCCCUCUGCCAGCAGGCCAAGGAUGAGUGCCACAAACUCAUGGAGGUAUUUGGAUUGGACUGGCUGGACGACAUGGAAUGUAACAGGUUCCCAGACUGUGACGAGCCGUAUCCUCGUCCAGAGGACCUCCUAACAGGGACGGACACCACCGACCAGUCGUCCAUGACUGUCCAGAGAGAUUACGGGUUCUGGUGCCCCAGAGAGCUAAAGAUCGACCCAGACCUGGGCUACACGUUCAUGGGCAAAAAGGACUGUUCUGCCCCAUGUCCCUCAAUGUUUUUCAGCAAGCAGGAGCUCAAUUUUAUCCGCUACUUCAUAGGAGUUGUCUCCAUUGUCUGUCUGUCGGCAACUCUCUUCACCUUCCUGACGUUCCUCAUCGAUGUUACCAGGUUCCGAUACCCUGAACGGCCAAUAAUCUUCUACGCCGUGUGCUACGUCAUGGUGUCACUGGUUUUCUUUCUGGGCUUCCUGUUGGAAGACAGGGUAGCGUGCAAUGCAGUCAGCCCUUCCCAGUUCAGAGCUCCAACCAUAACACAGGGCUCACACAACAAGGUAUGCACGCUGUUCUUCAUGGUCCUAUAUUUCUUCACCAUGGCCGGCAGCGUAUGGUGGGUCAUACUGACCAUCACUUGGUUCCUGGCCGCUGUGCCUAAAUGGGGCAGUGAGGCCAUUGAGAAGAAAGCCCUCCUCUUCCAUGCCGUUGCCUGGGGGGUCCCAGGGGCCCUGACUGUCACCCUGUUGGCCUUGAACAAAAUUGAAGGAGAUGGGAUCAGUGGAGUGUGUUUCAUAGGGCUGUAUGACAUAGACGCCCUGAGGUGGUUUGUUCUGGCACCGCUCUGCCUCAACGUGGCGGUGGGUGUCACUCUCCUGUUAGUCGGGAUUGUGGCUCUGAACCGGGUGCGCAUGGAGAUCCCUCUGGAGAAGGAGAACCAGACCAAAUUGGUCAAGUUCAUGAUCCGAAUGGCAGUGUUCUCUGUGCUCUACCUGGUUCCCUUGUUGACCGUGAUCGGGUGCUACCUGUACGAACACACCUACCGGAACAAUUGGGAGACAACGUGGAUGGAGGAGAACUGCAAGCGCUAUCACAUCCCCUGCCCGUACAAGGUGGAGCAGACCAGACGACCAGCCAUGGUGGUGUUCCUCGUUAAAUAUCUGAUGAUGUUGGUAGUGGGGGUCCCCUCUGUGUUCUGGGUGGGCAGCAAGAAGACCUGUUUUGAAUGGGCGAGCUUCCUGCAAGGGCGCAGACGCAAAGAUAGUGGGGUAAACGAGUCUCGCCAGGUGUUGCAGGAGCAGCCUGACUUUGCCCAAUCUCUGCUGCGUGAACCCAACACCCCCAUCGUUAGGAAGUCCAGAGGAACAUCCACUCAGGGCACAUCUACCCACGCCUCAUCCACCCACUUGGCCGAUCUUGAUGAACCAGUCACAACUCACCAUGGCAACCCUACAUCCACCAGGAGUAAGGCCAGCAGUGUCCACAGCAAGGGCAGCUACCACGGCAGCCUGCGCCGCAUUAGAGACGACAGGAGUGAUACUGUGGCUUGUCGAGGCACAGAGCAGCGCAGUUUCCAUGGCAGCAUGCCACGUCUCGACCACCCGCUCUCCGCUCACAGCAGCCUCCAUCAGAUAGACGGCUCAAGGCACGGCAGCCAGCGAAACAUAUGUGAGGCCCCGUCAACCCUCAUCACCCACGGAACAACAGGAGGUGAAAGUCAAGCUUCCGAGAAGGACGGCACCAGUGCGUGAGAAGAUAUUUUUGUACGGAUGUUGUCAACGCCUUUUAAAGGAAGACUUGCCCUUCGGCUGAUACGCGCCCGUUGUUUGGUGUCCACUUGGUUCUUUCUCUGUGAAGGUGGAGAAUGCACCUGUGAGUCCUGUGGUGGUGAUUGUGGGCGUUAUUUCCUUAAUCAUUCAUCAGCAGUGUGGCUAACACGGUUCAGUCGGUGACCUUUACAGAUCUUUGUUAAAAAGGUUCACUGAAAAGCUGAAGUUUGUUUACAUCAUUUUUUUAAUUUACGUGGUAAGUCCCCUGAAUGCUUGACUCAAAACGACACACGUGACGCUUUCAUCUCAUUCUGGUUGAGUCUGACCAGAGCUGGCACUGGACAAGAAACACUGAAAAACUGGGAAGGAGAAGUCUUCACACGUCACUGAAAUCAACACUUCGACUUAUGUUGGUGUGAUUUCCAAAUCCAGAUUUUUCACGGAUUUACAUGAAUACAUUGCUUUCAUAACAAUCUUAACGGAUUUUCCCAAAUUGUGGUCAUGUCUGGACCUAUUUGAGUGUCAACUUUUUAUUUGCUCUCGACUGCAGCUCUUAACAAUGUUUAACUUUGUGUGGCAUCCAAGACCGAUAAAUAUGGGCUUAAUGUGAAAUCGUGGACCUCUCUGUGGUUAAAUUAAUAUUUUUAUACUGUGAAAAUUGUCUGUCCGCUGCUGAAAGCUUCAUUAAGUGAAGUGUUUGAAACUUAUUCGCCCCUCCAGUGGUGAACAGAGAAAGUGUGAUGGAGGAAGCUGAAGUAUUUGUAUAAUACAGAAUGUAAAGGUGCGGUUUCAGAGAGAAAGAUGCGGACAUGAUCGGGUGAAAUGAGUUGGAAUAAUGUUUGCAUUUAGAAAAACACUAACAUUUAUUUUAGGUCAAGCUGCCUUUUGGCCUCCGAAAAACAUUUAAGCAUAGAGGCAUUAGCUUUACAGAUGGCAAAGGCAGCUUUGGACAAAAGCGAGGUGACAAUUAACUUGAUUCUGUUGAAUCAAAAAGUUAAACAGAAUUGCUACUUCAAGUACUGAUACUAGUUAGCUGAUAUCCAGAGAACUGUAACCCAAAUUCAAGUACACAUGCAUCACUUCAAUCAAGCCUCAUGGCUGUAAAAACCAUAGUGCACUAUAACAAAAAAGUGCUUUUAUUCUGAAAUCUGUCUCACACGCAGAAAGGUUGUGACGGUGCUCAUUUCUAAUGUAAUUUACACCACUGAUCUCUAUGUACCCAAACUGCUUCUGUACGGUCUGCAUGUUUUGUCCGAACAUAGAACUUAGACUUGCCCAAAGAGGUGCAGACUACUGGCAGUGAAACUAGACGCGUUUGCUAAUUGCUACAUUUUUCAAACUCAUAGUAAAUUUGAGUAAAUGUUAAAGUGCACUGUAUAUUGUAAAUAUUUUCUAAUGGUUUUGUUCCUAAGACCCAAUUGACCUACCUCACCUGUAACCUCAGCCUUCUCUCUACAUAGCAAUCUCUCUGGCCUUUCACCGCUGCCUCUCAUCGGUCCGCCUCAUUUAUAGAUUUCCGUCCACACAUUUUUAGCAUCUCGUGACCAACCAUCUACUGUCAGUUGCCUGCCCUCAUCUGUUGUAUAUAGAUGCUCGGUCCUACCCGAUGACUAAUCUGCCUCUCCUCCUACGCCCAUGCUCCUCUUUUUUUGGACCUAUAGCUAAACUGUCUGUACGCAAUUUACCUCUGAAUUGGACAUUACAAAGACCGAUGUUUUAAACAGCGCCAUUGAACUCUUCAUUUCUGCUGUUAAAUAUCUCAUUCUUGUUAGUUUACCGUAAUCUAAGGAAGAACAGCUUUCCUUGAUGUCACACAUUCGCUUGGAAAUAGGACGUUAGUAAGGAGGGUAAAAAAAAAACGUGAAUUUUGAAACUUGUAUUUGCCUUUUAAUUUAUUUGCAGUAUGGAACUGUAAUGACUUAUUUUACAUUCAGUCUAAUAAACAUUUUACAGACUUCA